AUGUCUGCCUCGCAACAGCACCAGAACCCAUGGACGGAGCAGCCGAAGAGCUUGGAUGACUUGAAGACGUACUUGGUGGUCGUGCCGGACGUGCCGGAGUCGAAGAGGAUGGAGGUCCGCUCUCAACACCUCGAGGAAGCCAGGCCCGCUUUCGCAAACGGCUGGUUCAUUGAAGCCGGCGCAACCUUCGCCGACGAUUCGCGAACGACGAUGACGGGCUCGUACCUCCUCAUGCGCGGAGAGUCGCCCGAACAGAUCAAGGCGCGGCUGAGCAAGGAUAUCUAUUCCGAGGGAGGCGCAUGGGACGUUCCGAACGCUCAGAUAACGCCCGUAUUCCGCGCCAAGCAUUAG